GGCGUCGCCUUUCUACAUAGUGUCAUUAUUAUGUUAUGUUUAUUCUGGUAACUGAUAUUCAAUUAUUCACACGACACGAGUUAUAUUAUAUAGCGUUGCUUCAAAGCUCACAACAUUCAGAGACAGACAGAGUUAGCUAGAGAUUUCUAGAGAGAGAGAAAGAAAGCCAGAUCACAGACAUGGGGUCUUCAUGCAAGGACGAUAGAGAGGAAGUCAUACAAGCAUGGUAUAUGGAUGAUAGUGAUGAAGACCAGAGGCUCCACCAUCACCGCAGUCCCAAAGAAUAUGUAUCGCUGGACCAACUUGCUGAAUUGGGAGUACUUAGCUGGCAAUUGGACGCUGAUAACUAUGAAAAUGAUGAUAAGUUGAAAACAAUUCGUGAAGAUCGUGGAUAUUCCUACACGGACAUAAUUGAGGUUUGCCCGGAGAAGUUGCCAAAUUAUGAAGAAAAGAUUAAAAGCUUCUUUGAGGAACAUCUCCACACAGAUGAGGAGAUCCGUUACUGUCUUGCAGGAAGUGGAUAUUUUGAUGUGAGGGAUUGCAAUGAAUCUUGGAUCCGUGUUUGGCUAAAGAAAGGGGGACUGAUUGUCCUACCUGCAGGAAUUUAUCAUCGCUUCACACUUGAUUCAAACAACUACAUUAAGGCAAUGCGGUUGUUUGUUGGUGAGCCAGUUUGGACUCCAUAUAAUCGACCUCAUGAUCAUUUACCUGCAAGGAAAGAGUAUCUUGAAAAUUUUGUGCAAAAGGGAGAAGCCAAUCACGCUAUUGAUGCUUCAGCUUGAAAUAUAUUCUGCUUCUCAAAACUGUAUCUGUGGCCGUGCUGUCUAGUUUGCUUUCUUGGACAUACGUGAAACUACUACAAAAGCUUUUAUAAAUUUUUUGUCUAGUGUUAUUUACUGAAUAUAGUUCGUACUUUGUAUUGGAAAUAAAGGUCAUAAGUGUCCUUGAUUGAUUUGUUGUGUGAUGCGGUUUGCAUUCGAUGAAAUUGUCGGUGGGUGGGAAUGUCAUUGAAGCUCAGUUUGUGUAUGAAAUGUACUUAUGUCAUGUCUAAUGUUAUAUUUUAUCAUUAUGUAUGUAAUGCCAUAAUGUCACUCUAAUACAACCCCUUUUGAUGAUGUAUCAAUAAAAUUGUUACUCCUUGUGUUUUAUUUAA